UAAAAUUUACCAGCAAAUUAAAGAAGAAAAACCGUUACAUGAAAAUUUGGCAAAAAAUUGAAAAAAAAAGGAAGAAUACAAAACAAUCAUACAAUAAUGACUCUAUAAAUACAUGAAGCAAUAACAACGAAAAAAAAAACAUUCAUUAAUACGAUUGAAAUGUGAAUUUAAACACGCACAUCCACACUCACACAAAAAAGAAGACAAAAAAAAAACAAAUAAACAACAACAGUAGCAGCAAAACGAAAUGACAAUACAGCAGCAGGAAAAACCGCACAUUUUGUCAUUGUUGUAUGAAACUAUAAAAGCAACAACAACAGCAGCUGUAACAACAUCAAUACAGAAAACAAAAACAACACAUAUAAACAACUAUAACUAUGAAAGUGAGAACAAUUUAACAGCAACAACUAGUACCACAACAACAACAACAACAUAUGAGCUAUUGCAUAUGAAAACGAAUACAACAAACACAGCAGCAGCAACAACAACAACGACAACGACAGCCAAUUUACUGCCAAAAACAGCAUUCCUUUACGCCUCAAGUCCACUAACAACUACAGCUACAUCAACAGCAACAUCCUCAUCAUCAACACCAACUACAUCUUUACCUCACCACUAUCAUCUUUGGGAAAAUGCUACAUUAUCUUCUGCAUCAGCUAGCACCACAAACACUUCUUUAGUUGUUGAUUUAGUAGAAUCUUUAACCUCUCUAGAGAAUUUUACCAACAACUUGGCCAACUCUACAGGACUUUUAUCUUCUCCUUUGCCACUUAAUGGCAAUUUUACUUGGGAUGCAACUACAGCAACGGCCACAACUAUAACCAUAUCAACACGCACCUCUAGCAAUGUGGCCACAUUACCACCCUUUAUCGACUCCUAUUUGGUGGGUAUGGCAUGGUCAAAGGCUCUGGUGGUGGCUAUAUUUAUGUUACUCAUCUUAGUUACGGUGGUUGGUAAUACUCUGGUGAUUUUAGCUGUCCUAACAACACGUCGCCUGCGUACAGUAACAAAUUGUUUUGUACUUAAUUUGGCCAUAACGGAUUGGUUAGUGGGUACGUGUGUUAUGCCACCAGCUGUUAUCCAUUACAUUGCUGAAGGGGUUUGGCGUUUUGGUUGGAUUUUAUGUGAUAUUUGGAUUUCUUUAGAUGUUUUACUAUGUACAGCUUCCAUAUUAAGUUUAUGUGCCAUAAGUUUAGACAGAUAUUUAGCUGUAACACAACCACUAACGUAUUCCAAAAACAGACGUACAAAACGUUUAGCCUUAUUCAUGAUAUUCAUUGUUUGGGUGACGGCAUUGUCCAUAACAUGUCCACCAUAUUUGGGUUGGUAA